AUGCGCAUGGCGGAUGUGAACGGUGCCGGUUCGCGCGGCUUAGUUAGUGCGCGGCGCGAUCAGAUCCUUGAAAAAAUGAAUUCUUUACAACAGAAAGGCGAUAUGAAUUUGGGCACAGAGAAUGUGGUACCUGCUUUCACUGCUUUUAUGCGAGCCAUUCCACCACCUGUGCCAGCUCAUAGACCCAAGUCUACCACCUACUUAACCAAACCACCGGUUGCACCAAAACCACCACAUAUCUCGCACAGGGUACGUCCAAAAUUUCAUUGUUUACUUCUGACUUAUUCUAAUCGGACAAUCUAAAA